UUGACUAUCUACCUUGCUCAUUAGCUUGGACCAUUGAAUGAUUCAAAUCAGGCCCUCACUCGCCAGUCAGUUAACACACCUCUCUGGCUUCAUCAGCAUCAGCAGCAGCUCGAGCUCAUCGAGGAUCAAAUCUAAGCACUGAAAUGGAAGGCAUGCAUCCCAGUUUGACGACCUCGACACCUUUUUCCGUGAAGGAUAUCUUGAGGAUGGAGCACCACGACUAUGAGCAUGAUUUUCUAACGGCUGACCAGGUUGUGCCCUUGCAUCAUCAGCACGUGCACGCUGCGCCCCAGAACAGAGACUUUUAUGAAUGCCACUCGGAGCCGCGCGCCUCGGAGAUACUUGACAAACUCGAUACUCACAACCUGGGAGCAGAAGAGGAGAUACACGAGCAAGGUGAGGCAGUAAACAGGUCAUGGUGUCAGAAUGUGACUGUGUUUUUGUUUUGUGGUGCAGAGAUGAGCGGGUUCGACAGUCCAUCUGAUUGUGACAAACCCCCCCAGAGGCCCAGCGUGCGCAGGAAGCCCCGGGUCCUCUUCUCCCAGUCUCAAGUGUCCGAACUAGAGAGGCGUUUCAGACAGCAGCGCUACCUGUCCGCCCCGGAGAGAGAGCACCUGGCCCACGUGCUCCAGCUCACUUCCACCCAGGUGAAAAUCUGGUUCCAGAACCGCAGGUACAAAUGUAAACGUCAGAGGCAGGACAAAUCUCUGGAGCUGGCGGGUUAUCUGCCUGCACCCAGGAGGGUCGUGGUUCCCGUGCUGGUGCGGGACGGGAAGCUGUGCGGUGCCGGUUCCCAUUCAGCGCCUUACAAUGUAACACUUGGACAUUAUAACCCCGCGCUUGGAUACGGAAACAGCAGCAUGUACGGCUGCAGUUAUCACAGCGCGUCACCUUCUGCGGCACAGAUGUCCAACAGCAAGCUAAAUGAUUUAGCAGGAAACACCGAGACGCACUUCGGCCACGGGCCGUUUCAGGCCUCUCUACAGGGUAUAAGAGGCUGGUGAUAAAGGGACUGAACCACUGAGACAUUUCAGUAUCAAAUGUAUAUUGUAUAGUUGGUGUGGGGUCGUAUUGUAAUUUUCCGUUGUUCAAAAAAUUUCUGAUGAAUCGAUUAUGAAGAAUAAACGCUUUAAUAUUCAGUUAUACUUUUCUGUGUCUAGACGCAAAUUCUGAAUUAGGGCAAUCCGGGGUUGGUUGGUACACUUUUUGCUCUUGCUGAUGUUUGGAUUACUUUCAAUAAUGAGUCAUGAAUCGAACAAAAACUAAUGAAGCAUCAACGACACUCUGUGACAACCAGCCCUGUAACGAGGUUGGUUAUCAGUGGGUUUCAGUAAAAAAUGGUGAUCAAAAAAAGCACAACUUUUUAUUCUACUUAGAUAAAUAUAUCAAUGUAUCAAAGUUUAGAAAUGAAAUUUUAAACCGUUUUUCCAUUUAAGCCAUGAAUCUGAACCAGUCACAGUUAUUAUUUAUUAUAGUUAAUAUUCUU